AAGUUUCUUCCAAAGCUCCGAACAUUUGCAUCAUAUUCCGGCUAUGUCUCUCAGUGGCUUAGAGAGAAUCACAGGCUGCCACGUGGUAGCAAUACCAUACCCGGGUCGUGGUCAUAUCAAUCCAAUGAUGAAUGUUUGCGCCCUUCUCGCUUCAAAAGGCUUAGCCAUCACAUUUGUAGUCACCGAAGAGUGGCUCUCCUUAAUCGGACCAGGAUCUGGAUCAGCUUCAAACACGCCCAACAUCCGGUUUCGCUCCAUCCCUAACGUAAUCCCAUCGGAGCUGAACCGUGGGUCGGACUUCGCCGGCUUCUUUGAGGCUGUUUGCACCAAGAUGAAAUCUCCAUUUGAUCAACUUCUUGAUCGACUCCACCCACCUGCAACUUGUAUUAUAGCUGACACUUUCUUGGCAUGGGCAGUAACUGUAGGCAACAGGAGGAAUAUUCCGGUGGCUCUGUUUUGGCCGAUGGCACCGUCGUUGUUUUCAUUGCACUAUCAUUGUCAAUUCCUUGUUGCUUGCGGCCACCUAUCAAUUCCAUUUGAAAACAUCUCAGAAAGGAAAGAUGAGAUCAUAACUUACAUCCCAGGAAUCCCUGCUAUACGCCUAGGAGAUCUGCCAUCCAUUUACACUCGCAAGAAUGAAAUUAUAAAGAGAGUACUAGAAGCCUUCUCUUGGGUAACCAAAGCACAAUUCAUUCUCUUUACUUCCUUCUAUGAGCUUCAAUCCCAUACAAUUGACACCUUAAGGGGAAUAGUUCCAACACCCAUUUAUCCAUUAGGCCCCUCCAUCCCAUUCAUGGCACUUCAAGACACAAUCACACACUCUGAGUCUCAGUCCAAGUCCAGCAAUGGAGAUGCCAUGGAUUACCUUAAGUGGCUGGACUGUCAACCCAAAAAUUCUGUCUUGUAUGUCUCAUUGGGUAGUUUCUUAUCUACAUCGGCCGCACAAAUGCGUGAAAUUGCAAUGGGGUUGCAGAGCAGUGGGGUUCGAUACUUGUGGAUUGCUCGCGGUGAAGCCCUUAAUUUGCAGGAAACUUGUGGUGAAAUGGGACUAGUAGUACCAUGGUGUGAUCAAUUGAGGGUCUUAUGCCAUUCAUCUGUGGCAGGGUUCUUCACACAUUGUGGAUGGAAUUCAAUACUAGAAGCCAUUUACUCAGGGGUUCCAAUGCUCACUUUUCCUCUGUUAGUUGACCAAAUUCCUAACAGUACUUUUAUUGUGGAACACUGGAAGAUAGGCUUGAGAGUGAAAGAGGAGACUGGAGUGGAAAAUGUAGUUGGAAGAGGUAAGAUUUCUCGUGUUGUGCAAAGGUUGACGGAUGGAGAUGAAGGAAUAGAGCUGAAAGAAAGAGCUAAAGUACUUCAGAGAUCUUGUCACAGAGCUAUAGAGAAGGAUGGAUCUACUUUCACAAACCUCAAUGCUUUUAUAGGAGAUCUUGGAAGCAAUAUUACAAAUCUUGAAACUUGCUGA